CUUUUGAAACUGUUAUAUUAAUACCCAGACAAGUUAAGCAUAAGACUAGCAGAUCAUUGGUCAUCAACAUAAACAAAAUACAAAAAUGGUUAAGUAUACAUUAAUCAUCAGAAUAUGUGCUUAUGCGUUACUAAAUUUCAAAUUACUGUUGAUAUCUCCCACAUAAACAUUCUUGCAUUGCUAUUAAAUGGAAUAAAAAAAAACAGCCAAAUAAAUAGAAUAAAUUAACAGAACUGACCAGGUCACCAGGGGCAAUGCACAAGUUCAUACAGAAUAAGGGUGGGUUUACUGUAGGUGAAGGGUUUCUUUCCUAAUUUUCACAGAGAAAACAAAUACACGUCAUUAUUAGACACAAACGUAGAACUCCAAAAGUAAGUCUUCCUCUUCUUCUCAGAUAUAGAUGUUAAUCACCAAAUGAAAAGUCUCGUCAUUGUCUCGUUAUAUAGUUGCCCAGGAGAAAAGUAAAAUGGAGUAAAAAAUAAAUAAAAAUAAUAAUAAAGGGGUGGCGUGUUUAAUUAAGGCCACUUCAAGUUCAGCCCAAUUGUAAUUCAAAAGAGAGAAUUGCUGUUAUAGAAAGACCCAGGGCAAGGUAAACUAUACAUACGGGCAGGGUGGACCAAUUAUUAUUCCUUAUUCUACUAUAUUCAUGUUCACGUGCAGUCACCAUUUUGCCAAUUCUUGACAAAUCUAUGAAUAUACAGUCUCAAAGUCAGUGGCUCCAAAUAUUACAUUUAUUUUACAUUCACAAUCCUCUCUACUUUUGUUGCAGGUUCUUUGACUCUUGCCUUGAGCUUUAAGUUCAGUAGGUGUAUAACCUAUACUGAAAUUAUCAUCAAACUCUAAACCCAGACUGUAUUUCUGUUACUAUUUCUAGCCAAUAAGUUGGAUGUUAGACAAUUCAAAAAUAUGUGAAAGCCUGUUCUGUUAAUGUUUUAUCUUUGGAGUGAUGAAAGACCUGAUAAUGUUCUUCCAGGAGAAUUAUCUUCAUUUAGUUCUGGUCAAUGAAGAUAAGUGAAUUGUGUUUUACAUGUUUAGCCAGUCAAGAUCAAAACAUUCUUUCUUUCAAGUCCUCCAUCUUAGUCUUUAUUGUGAUUUCAGGCCUUUUCUUGUUUUUCACAAUCUUCCUUGUUUCAGCUGGCCUUGGCUUACUUCCAGGGCAGCUGUGACGCAGCAAGAUUUCCAUCCUUUCCAACAUCCUGGAGAGAAACUAAGAUAAGUUCAUGAGAGACAAUCACUUCAGCGGAAGGACCUGCAUUAGCAUCUCAUUCUGCAGACAUGGAGGGGUCCAGUGACAAGUUUUUCUGCUGCAGGUGGGUGCGCCACAGGUUUCCCCUGGCCCACAGAGAGGAACUGUACCACAUCCUGCUGAUGACAGGGCCUCUGCUGCUCUCUCGAAUCCUCAAUUACCUGCUUCCAUUUGUGGUUACGAUGUUCUGUGGGCGUCUGGGAAAUGAAGUGAUGGCUGGCUAUGGAUUAGCUUCUGCUACCAUUAAUGUUACCACUGCAGCAACAGGAUAUGGUCUGGGACUGGCAUGUGAUACUUUAGUAUCUCAGACAUUUGGUGGUAAGAACCUGCUGCGGGUGGGAGUGAUCCUUCAGCGGGGCAUCAUCAUUCUGCUGAUGUUCUGUCUGCCCUGCUGGGGCCUCCUCAUUAAUGCUCAGGCCAUCCUGUUAUGCCUGGGCCAGGACCCUGAGGUGACCAGAAUAGCCCAGCUGUAUAUUACAGGCUUCCUUCCUGCAGUACCAGCAAUGUUUCUACAUCAUCUUCAGGUGUCUUACCUGCAGAACCAGGGUAUAAUACUACCACAAAUGUACACUGCUGCCAUGGCAAACAUAGCAAAUGUGGUGACAAACUACAUCUUUCUUUACUGGCUGGAUCUGGGUGUUAGUGGAUCUGCAGCAGCCAAUACCCUGUCUCAGAUUUACAUCUGUGCUUUUCUGUUUGCUUACAUUUGGUGGAAGAAGCUCCAUGUAACAACAUGGGGAGGCUGGUCUGUAGAAUCACUGCAGGAGUGGGGCUCCUACAUGAAACUGGCCAUUCCCAGCACAUUAAUGAAGUGCUUUGAGUGGUGGGUUUAUGAGUUUGGGGGAUUCUUUGCAGGAAUGCUGAGUGAAGAUGAGCUGGCAGCCCAACAUGCUGUGAUAAUGGUGGCUUUUAUAACCUACAUGUUCCCUCUUGGUAUUCAAGCUGCAGCAUGUGCCCGAGUGGGUAAUGCGCUCGGUGCAGGAGACAGUGCCAGGGCGAUCCUCACCAGCAAAGUAUCCCUCACUCUCGCAGGCAGCAUUGCGAUUGCUGAAGGUUUCGUGCUUGGCUCUACUAAAACAGUGAUUGGCUUCAUCUUCACCUCUGAUGAGAAGAUCAUUGGUCUGGUCUCACACUUGAUGAAUGCUUACUGUUUCCUUCAGUUCUUUGAUGGUCUUGUGUGUGUGUGCACAGGCAUCUUCUUGGGCACGGGCAAACAGAAGAUACCAGCUGUGGCCAAUUUCAUUGGAUACUACGGCAUAGGACUUUCACUGAGUGUUACUUUAAUGUUUGUUGCAAAACUGAGAGUUUUAGGUUUUUGGCUGGGACUGCUUGUUUGUGUCAUUUUACAAUCCACCUUCUACAUAAUUGUCAUCUUCAAUCUCAACUGGGAGAGAAUGACAGAGGAGGCUGUGGACCGAGCACAGAAAAACACUCACAUGACAUUACUAAGCACAGCUGCCUCGUCAGACUCUGUGGGUAACAACACUGCUGGACAGACAGCAAGUAAUGGGAGUUCAGUAGAUGGCUACAUGUCUGUGAGUACCGAGGACCAUGAUGGGAACACAGAGACACAGGGUGGCCGUGUGGUCCAGCAGCUGAAGGGUGGCCGCCUCUCCACUACCCAGCUGAUCCUCAGGCGAGGCCUCACUAUGUUUGCAGCAGUUGCCCUUCUGGCUGUGGGAGCAAGUGUGCACUUCCUUUUGCCAGAGACCCUGCCUUCAGAGGCCAACUUUACUUUGGACAGGAUCAAUACUACAUAUAUUCCUAAUCAAAUUUUCUCCACUGUGCUGGUCCCCAAUGAAGAGUCAGGAUAAUCUUGAGAGCCUUGAUCAUAAAAUUGUACUCAAUGUCUUAUGUGUGUUUUAGACUCUCGUGGGCUCAUUAUCUUUGACAGAAAGUGACUGUAGUGCUAAUCAGUGGCACAUUUAAUGAAAAAUGAAGUGAAUGAAUGGUUGAACUAAUAUUUUGCUCUCCACUGCACUGGUCCCAAAUGAAGAGUCAGUUCAAGAUAACCACAAUAUUUAUGUUUAAUGUAUUAAAUACAAUGAUUGUCAAACUCU